UCAGUCGUGACAAUAAAGUGUACGCGUAGCAACGAAGGGUGAGAAAGCAGGCGAAAGUUCCGGUCAGUUUGCUCUGCACGCGAGACGACCAUGAUAGGCAAGCAUUAGGUUGUCGCGAUCGCGCGUGUCCACGAGGCCGCGGCUUUAUAAAUAGUUCGGGCGAGUUUCACCGCGGUAGACGGCUCUGGAUGCCCUCUCGAGAAAGCACCUUCGUCGGCCUUCGACCGGUAUACGCUUUUUACCGAAAUACGACGGUGCGCUGCGACCUUCCCGUCCUCGCCACGCGAUACAAGCUUUUUCGAGGCGAGCGACCACCGGUGGACGCGUGCCAAGUCUCUCGGCCACUUUGUUGCUCGAAAGCUGGCCGAUUUUGGCCACGCGAAUCGAAACGGGGCGUUCGUCCAACGUACACUGGAACGCGAACUUCUCUUCCUUCCUUACUUUUCGAAUUUCGUUCUUCGAUCGCAACUUACACGGCGAAAGAGAGACAAAGGCACCUGUCGUCGCUCGAGGAACACACAACGAUGAUAAACGUUCACGAAUAGAAGUAACUGCAUUGAUCAUCAUGUACCUGUGACCAGCUGCUUCUGCCGUUACGAACAGAGAAUGCGGACGAAGAGAGUGAGCUUCGAGUUUCACCGGUUACGGGAACACCUGAUGUUUCUUCAAGACUGUAAAAAUACCCUGAAACAGAAAAGGCAAAUGAAGUAUUUGAAACGAAGACUGACGUACGAGGAAGUACGAAAAAACCUCUGGUCGAGGCACGAUCGUCAUCGCUAAUGCAGGCAUCGAAGUCUCCCGCGUGCCAUCGGACAUGCCUCGCGAUCCACGCUCACGUGUCCCGUCUCGUGUCGUCAUCCGGGAUCAUCGAUCGGCAAUCUGCCGAAAUAAAACGUCGAGACUCUCGUUUCGUUCCGAGCUACCUUUUCCUGGCUCAGCUGAUCGCGAACACCUUAAGUCUCCGUUCAUCUCCAUCGACUCCGAGCCCCACUAGUCUUUCUCUUUCAUAUCCCCUCUCGAGACUGUUGUCCUCCUACCACCAUACUGGAAAUCACUUUCGAAGACCCGUUAACCUACUGGGGGCUUCAGUGUUCACGUUGUCUUCGUACCACCAUGUUAGCAUCGCAAGUGUGUCUGUAGUGCACCUUGGUUUGGAGAUAAUCAUCCUCGAAUGCUAACAAUUCACCGUGACCGAAGGGAGAGCCGAUGCUAAGAGGUUUGCGAGAGAACUGACCAGUUCCUCCAGGGUCGAGGGACAUCUUCAAGGAUGAAGGGAUGGUUCGACGCUUUUCGCAUCGAUGGAGGUCCAACGCUGUACAGCUACAGCAAUCGCACUCCCGUCACCGGUGAUGUUCCCCUGGUGAUCGUGUUUGUGAUAUUCGGCACCAUUUUCACGGCGUUCCUAGUCAUAUUUCCUGGCAUACGAAAGGAGAGAUUCAGCACGUUCCUCACGGUGACCUUGAGCCUCUUUGUCGGAGCGUCGAUUCAAGUCGCACAGUAUGGAUCCUCUUGGCAUACCAGCUCCGCCACCAUCGUCAGCACGUAUAGCGCGUUCUCUAGACACAAAGCGGUCGCUGAAAUUGGGGGAUACAUUGGACUGAUGCAUAUAAAUAUUACUUACAAACUGCUACCCAGCAGCGAAAAUCCAAUGGACGACGUAGAGUACAACGAGCGAUUCUGGUGGAGAAGUACAGGAGAAAUGACCAGCGCCUUCAAACAAGCCCUUAACCAAGGUGCACCAUUUCCUAUCGUUUCCCUAGCUGAGUACUUCAGUCUCCAUCAAGAAGGUUUCUCCUGGGGAAGCAAGUACCGACAGGCUGGAUAUUACGCAUCGCUCAUACUCUGGACAUCCUUUGCCUCCUGGAUUAUGAUGAACCUGCUACUGGUAGUUGUGCCACGGUACGGAGCGUACGGAAUGAUCUUCACCGGUAUUUGUAUGCUGAUAACGAACCUGACUUAUUGGGUUCUUCUACCUUGUGAGCCACUGAUAGCUCAUGUGGAUGGAUCGAUUCUUGCUUUUGACUUGGGAUGGAAUUAUUGGCUGGUUCUGUUAGCUGGUAUCGGAUGCUUAUUCGCUGGAGCGGUGAUCACGGCCAUCGACAUGAUUUUUCCUCAUCAGUUCUCCACUAUACUGGAGGUCGAUUACGAUACACCAUACGACAGGCACGUUAUCAUAGAGGAGAGUUUCGACACGAGGAACAUCAGGCGGAGGUUACCUAAAAUUGAGGAUUCGUUUGGUGAUCGCAUAAUAAGUCAACUGUCGUCGAAGUUACAGAGCAGACACGACGCUAAAGAAGACACGCAAGGUGUUAUUAAUCGAGGCUACACGUCGCACGAGUCUUCCGACUUUCAACACGACAGCCACGAGGACUCGUCGAAAAACAACUGGUCUUAUCCAUUCCCGUCGUCUUCGCGAAGAACUAUGAGCGGUUGACUUUUGUUAUUUAUCAAUUGUUAGUAAAUUCUUUAACACUUAAAUAAUUUUUACUGUUAUUUUAACCCUAGAACUCCUGCGGGAGAGGAAAUGUCUGUUUUAUAGAUUAACUAGAAAUGAAGGAUAAUAAAAAAAUAUUUUUAUUGUCCGUAAAAU